AACAGAUGUAAUUUCUAAUCUACUGUGCAGAGAUAAAAUGCACAUGUAUCUGUUAGUCUAUGUUAAUUUACAUUAAUUACUUUUACUUGUAGUUGAGGGGAUGGGAGUGGUUAAAAGUGAACAGUACGUAUUUAAUAAUUUACGUGAUGGUGAUGGCACAUAUAGACGGAAUUCUAAGUAAAAAGAUAAGUUAAUACCCCAAGAUUUGUGUGGGUCACCCCUCCUACCCUUUUAAAGUGAGUGCCAUAUUUCCUGUCAAUUUUUAAGAAGUCAACAAUUUUGGAAAAAAAAUGUUAAUGUACAAAUCCAAACAAAUCCCACAACUAAGUUCUCACAUUGGAUAAAAAACUUUAAACUGCAUAUUUAAUUUUGUAAUUUUGAUAUGUUUUGUGAAGCGCAUGUACUUUCCAUAAACGAUCGUCGUUGAAUGCUGGAGAGAUAGAGAAGUCCAAGACAAAUGCAAGUCAAUUUUUCUAUUUUGUCUUUUUCAGACUUUGAGGGUCAAAUGUAUUUAUUACUCUCUAAAGGAUUUUUUAAAUGUGAUAUUUUCUUCAUGCUCAUUCAUUAUAACACAAACAAUGUUGUCAUCGUAAACUGAAACAUUCUGUCCAAGUUUUAUAAAUGUAAACUUGUGAUCCGAUCCUUAGCCAGAUUAAGCCACAGGAGCCUCAAAACGGUCAGAAAUGUCAGAAACAAAAUCACAUUUAACCCAAACAUUGGUCAAAGUAGUGUCCAAAUGAAUAUUCACUUAAGUACUACCGUAUAUUUUGUGUCAGUCGGUCCCCUGAAUUCACAUUGCUUGUCUAUUCACCAUUGUGACUACCAAUUUUUUGAAAAGGGUCGGUGUCUUUGCUCGCCAAGCGGAUGGCUAGCAUAGGCUUGAAACUGCUAUGUCAUAUACCAUCGGAUUCAGCACAAAACGCUCUUUCACCCUCACCUAGGCAAAUAGUUAGGGCUACUUUAUUUUAGCGAGUGUGGCAAUCUUGUUUCGUUGUUGAUUCUAUGUUCUCGGUCUUGUGUGGAUUCUCUUUGCCGUCUAGGCGAGCAGAGUCCACGUGUCACAUCCGUCGAGCAGGAUCGGUACUCCCAGGGAUUUGUACAGCUUGUACUUGGUAGUGAACCUUUUCUUAUGGCUAUGCCAGAUCCUAUCUAGCCUAUUGCUGGUGUUGCUGUUCCGACCCUAAUGCAGAUAUCUGGAGUGGAGCUGCCAUCCUUGGAGAGGGUAGCUCCCAAGUAUUUCAAGCUGCCUACCCCUUAUGAGCUGUACCCCAGUCAUAUAGAUGUCUGCUUUGUCGCAACCAUUGAUCAUAAUUUUGCUCUUUUUAGGUGUGACAACGCUACAUGAAAUAUCUGACAGUUUCAUAUAAGUGACAUCAAAAAGAUAAUAUUUUAGUCCCCUGACAGUGAUGUGUGUCAUGUAGUUUUACAGUUUAAGGAGGAAGCAGAGCAUCACUGGUCCAACUUAAUAUUUAGCGGCAUGUUUUGCUUCCUUAUCGUAGUUUCACAAAUGCGCGAUGGUAGUAGAAUGUUAUUCACUAUGAACUUUCUGUGAUCACAUACACAAGGCGCAGAAAAUGUGGUCUGUUGUACAACUUGUGUUUGUUUUACUCGUGUACAGGGGAAUUUGUUCACAACAAGAAAUAUGUACUGACUUAAAUUUUUAUCUUCCUAGAAAUGAUGUUUUAACGGUUGAUGAAAACGAUUUUGUCAACGUGACAUUUUGGAUUACGGUGUCGGCAUGUAACCAGACGAAUACUUUUCAUAAAGUGACAGUUCAUACUAAGACAAACACUGGUAUUCGUGAGUAUGACGGGGCAGUAACAUCCAGUAAUGACACUUGCUCUGGAAGACAGUCUAUUCAGUGCAUCAGUCUGACAGGCCCAGCAACGCUGUACAAACAAGUGAAUCGAUCUCAUGUGGAAAUCGAAUGGGAACUGACGUCAAUACCAUCUAGUCAUUUAAUAUUAGUACAGAAGAGGCUCAAUGUUUUGUAUCCACCUGUUGUCAUCAGUCUCACUGUGAAUGGAAGUGAGGUCAGUGGUAACUACCUGAUUGAUGAAUUCCAAGAGGUUAGCAUCUCCUGCACCUUUGACCCAGGAAAUCCACCUGGGAAAUUCUUCUUGUUUGAUAAAACUGGAAAUGAAAUAAAAGCUACUAGAGGUGAAGACUAUCUCAACCUUUCCCUUACACUCCAGUGCGAAGACGACUGGCCCACAGUCCGAUGUGAAGGAAGCGGCUCGAAAACUAAUAAGUCUGUGUCUUUUCUUGUCAGAUGUCGUCCUCAGUUUAUUGACAGGUAUCCAACAGUUGUGAAUAGUGGAAUAGAUUACCGUUGGACAUUUAAAAUGAAGGUCUACACUACUGUCAUAGAGAAAUGUCGUUUGACAUCGUCAUCUGCGCACAAUUCAAGUAUCUUAGUGAACUGUACCCUGACUGGUGACCUGCCUUGUCCGCUGCUGACUCUUGUCAUAACUGAAAAUGUCAGUGUUACAAGAACAACCUGGUUUUUAAGUCUGUGUGUUGAAGGAGGUCUUUUAGUGACAUUGAACUUCACAACACCCCAAAAACAAACAACUGGUCCUGGUCUUUUUGUGGGAAUUGUUCUGCUGGUUAUCAUCGUCUUCGCUGCUUUUGUUGUUAUCGUUCUUUUGCGAAAGAGGAAGAGGAAACAAUCGAACAAUAGAGAGAUUAGGGCUGCAAACGAAAGCAGGGUUUCAACAGAAAAUUUACGAGGAAGUUUCUCAAGAAAUCCAUCAGCGGAGGCAGACGAAAAUAACUACAUCUCUGUGCUUGAAGUCCAAGAGAAAAAGCGUCGACAGAAAAAAGGCGGGAUGACUGACACUGCUCAAUCUGAUGAUGCAUGUGGUUCAGCAAAGAUAAUGGAGUCUUCGACCGUUUCUCGCGAGAGACACCCAGAUGGGUUGAUUUACGGAGACUUGGACUUCAAUAGUACGAGACCCUGUGAUGACGUCAUCGACACCCUGCCGGAAACGGAGUACGCCGCCAUUAACUUCUCUGUCAAGGCUCCGCCACCACGUGACUACAAGCGAAAGACUAAUAAGAUAAUCUAAAAGAAAGUGAUUGUUGGGCAAUACAAAAAUCUACGAAAUAUUAUGAAGCAUCCAUAGUAGAAGUCACAUUCACAACAUUCUUUUUCCUAUAUGCUCAAACAAAAUUUCAGCAGUAUGACUGCAUAGCAAGCUGACUUGUUUAAGGUUAUAACUAGAGACAGAUGGACUGUGGAAUUACCAGCUCGUCACAAACACAGGGCUUAUUGUAAGCUGCUUUACAGAAGAGGCUUACAUACCCACAGAUUUCUUGAGAUUUUCUAAACAGAAAGUACUCAAGAUACAUUGGGAAGUGCAGUGAUGAUAAAGAAUGCUUCAUCAAUUUAUUUUCAAGCAUUCGUGCGCUCACUAGUGUGUGUGUGUGUGAGUGAGAGAGACCUAAUUUUAAACAAAUGCCUGUGUGAAAAUAAAUUCAGAAACUAAGACAUACAGAGUAACGAAUACAUAAUGUUUACAAUUUUUUCUUUCAACUUUCUGUCUCUAAGGAGGCAGAUAGGGUAUACUUUUAAGUUAUAUUUUCAAAUAUGUCAUCUCUUUUGUUGAUAACCUAAUACCUGAUUAAACAAAAAGAUAUAGCAAAAGGAAACAUUGUGUAUAUUUAAUAUUUUGGAAUAUUAUUUUAUAGCUUCGGAUAAACUGAGAUUACUGCCGUCCGCAAACCAAACAUGCAACGGAAAGAUUAUCUCACUUAAAAAUAAUAUUGAUCAGUAUUAUCUGAACACUGUACCUAAACCUCUUUCAAAAUUUCGCACGUUUUGUGAAUCACUAAAAACGACUUGUACAAACCUUUCUAAAUAAUUUAAUAAAGUGGUCAACUCUUUUAUUCUCAGUUUACUAGAAAUGCUGGUUGCUAUCAAUGACUAGAUAUCUCUUUUUUAGACUAAUGAGUGCAGUAUUCUAAUUUAUCAGCAUUUCAUCAAAGGGGACAAAUUAGAAAAUCAUCGUAAUCGAAAUGGGCGCCAGGGUAGGUAUAAUAAUUAUGUGUUUGUGUGUUUUAAUAAUCUGGUUAACCUGUAAACUUAAUGGAAGUAUGUGUGUGGCUGUCUGACAGGCCAGGCCAAACACCUUAAGAGCAGGCAAACAGCAAACUAUUUGAGUCUUUGAUACCAUGAUCAGAAACCAUACUAGUAAAUGCAAACAUAAUAAAUAAGUCUUUUCAGUAGUUCCCGACAGGCUGGCCCUUUAAAAAGGGUGAAUUAAGAUAGUAUUUCGUUCUUCAAAUCCCAUUUUUAUUCACCUUAUUUUUGCAUAGAUCACUCACGACCAUUCAUUGUAGUUGUCAUCAAUGUUUCAUAGUAACUGUGUUGGGGGUCAUUCACUUUAGAGUUUAAUAUUUCGUACCAUUUAUCACUGCUGUCAUUAAAGUUAAAUAAUGGACCACAGCUGUACGUGUUGUUAUGUUGUGCGUAUGAAGUGGUAAGAAGCGAUGUAGAGCAGUGUGAAUUUAAACCACAGACUGUGGUAGGGCGGUGCCAUAAAUUUACAUCUCUUCGUAUUGCAGGUUAUAUCUUUGGAAUACACACCAGGACUAACAAGAGAAAGUGAAAAAGCUCGGAUGGAGGGACUAACGUAUACUAAUGUAUUAAACUUAAACAGCUUGAGAACAUAGGGAAAGAUGGAGUAAGACGAAAUUAAAAACCUGAAUUUCUGUUCCUAAUUUCCUUAAUUUUAUGUUGAGAGUACUUGAGCUAUAGCACGACAGUGAAGUGUCUCUUAACAAAGCCGAGUCUGUAUUUUAGAUAUUUCAACCUUUGACACUUCUUAUAGGACAGCCCACCAUCUGUCCACUGCGGGUCCGCGUCUUUUACAAAAUUUCAUGUUUCGGUUUUGAUUAAGGGCCUUAACAACACUUCCCCUUCUUCUUAUAUAGCAAAUCUUGGAAACAAAUUUCAUUCUCAUCCUGAUGAUACUGUUUCUUUUCAAAGAGAAGCCACGAAACCCUUUAAAAUAUCCACAAAAAUAAUAAUUAAAACAUCUCAUGACAGACUACUGCAUCUCUCAAAUACUCGCAUACAAAAUAGCGAAUAAAAUGAAGCUGUUAUUAGCUGAAAAUUUAAACUGACUUUAUUCUAUAGAAACACUUUUGAUAGGGAUAAAACAAAUCGUGGCCUAGUGCUCUAUGAACUCGUUUGUCUGACUACAAGUAUUAUCAUUCUGAAAGUGAGAAAGGACUUUUAUAGCCUACAGUCGAAAAAGGCUAAACAAUCCAUCGUGUCUAGCUUAUAAUAAUUUGAACAAGGGGAACGUAGAGGCACCGAUGUAUUUCCCACUGACCUUUACUUUAAUUAAAAGAAAAGGAUCUUACUGCCUUGUAGGUAAUUUUUGAAAUGAUAAAGAAAACUAUUUCCUGAUUUCCUUUUCGCUGGUAUUCAGUCAUUUUUAUUCAAAUAAGUUAGAUUCUGUGGCUCUAUUAUACCUCCCUACACAUAAACUAAACCAGUAAAUAAUUUUGUCAGACUAAUCGUUAAGGGCUAUUCCCCCGUUGCUAUGUUUGCAAGGUUUGCAGAUGCAAGAUUUCACUUGCAAUGUAGCUUUGCAACAUGGUUCUCCUCUCACCCAGCAGACCACUCGCAAAAGACUCAUUCAUAAGGGUAGUAUGGGUAGUUAGCAAUAUUGCAGACAACACCAACGAAAAGCUGCUUUCGGUAACUGUUUCGGCUACCUUAGUCAUAUUAAUCGAGGAAGCAGAGAGACAAUGAUAAUAUGAUAAGAAGAAGAAAUAAAUGUAGGUGCGGAAUGAGGGCUUGGUUAGGUAUACAUGAGUAUAUUAUUCUUCAACAGUAAAACAUGAAACACUUCUCCUCAAAACUCUUCCGCAUUUAAAAAUUAAAAGGCCGACUUAAAAUAAUUUUAUUUCAUUUAAAAAGACUUUAGUUCAAACAGCUCCAACAUCAUGUUGUGCAUGUCUUUAAGGUCCGCUCAUACACUGCUUUAACUUCAUUUAAUACUAUUGUAGGCCACACAAUAUUUUUAUUUACAAACACGAAGUUAAAGCGAAAGUCUCUGAACUUAUGGGAACUAUUCCUUCUAAUUUCUUGUACGUUGCUUUGUUUUCGUGUUUAGAUGUGAUUUCUAGCUCCGGGUUAUGUUUUUGUGGACGGUAAAAAUUUCGCGACAAGGAUGUUGACAAUAUAAAGUUGUGGAUUUAUUUCUCGCCUCUGGCAUAUUAAUAUGUUUUUUUUAUGCCUGCAUGAGAUUAUUACGUACAGUGUGGACUAGUUUAUCGUGAAAAUAAUCAUUGACAUAAACACAAGUAACGUCUGAUUACUAUUCCUUUUUAGAGAAUACAUAAGGGAAGUAAUUGCAUGAUUCAUGCUUGCCUGUUUAUAAAGGUUUAUUAUGUUUAAUGCUCAGAAUUUUCUCACAUUGAUUAAAUUUGUGGAAAGUUUAUACUUCCUUUAAGCUCAUAAGUCUAGGUAUGGCCUAUUCAAAAAUUUUGUUUUCGUUUUAGACAUUUUACUGCUGAUUUAAUUAACGUUCUGUCACCAUUUCUUUCCCACAGUGUUCAAUGUAGCUUUACCGUGGGAACAACACGAAACAGGUCACCAAGGUUUGCUGACUUCUUUAUUUCAUUCUCGGCUGAAAACGACGACUUCUAACAAGUUCACACAGAGAUUUAUUUACCAACAGGCCUAGUUUUAGUCUUUAGAGUUGUGUUCCACUGUAGCUACGCUUAAAUGGCUUCCAGCCUCUAAGCUUUCAUCAUGAGAUAAUUAUCAUAUUUAACAUCCGCGAUUUAUUUUUCCUCUCCCUUCCGUCAUUUACCUGUGUAACUGGAUCAGAGGUGUAGAAUUAUGAGUCUGUUUACCUCGGGCAAGGAGUUUUUUACAGUGAUAUCUUCAGUCACUUUAUAUCUCAGUGACACGGCCACUUUGCCCUAUUUGGAGACAACACAGCUAUUUGUUUCCUUAAGGCUUGAUUUAACGCAUCUAACAAAUUUGCCUUUCUGAGAAAUUUUAAGAAAAUCCUCCCUAGGAAGAUAUCCCCGAAGUUUUUCGUCUGCUUUCUUUUCUCCUUUUUGGCACUUGUUCUCUAAGAUAAACAUCAACUCUAUGAAGACGGAAGAGCUAGAGGCAGUUUUACACACUGGUACGCAUGAUUUUUAACGUUUUUCAAAAAAUUAUAAAAAAGAAACUAAAACAGCUAGAAGAAUAAUUCAAAUUGAUAAUGAUAGAUCAAACUUUGUAAAAUAGGAACAAUCCUACCUGAAAAUUGCUUGAGAGCUCACUUUUAUUAUUGUAAUCCAUACAAAAUCGGGUAGAUGAAGUAAAAAAAUUUUUCCAGCACGUUACACACGAAUUUUACCGAUUUUCAAAAAAUUAUAAAAAAAACCUAAAACAGCUAGAAGAAUAAUUCAAAUUGAUAAUGAUAACUCAAAAUCUGUAAAAUAGGAUCUUUGAAAACCAAAAAGAAAUGCACACACAUUGUUCUUGUCCUUAGAAAUUCACAAAUUAUGCCAGAAUUCCGAGAUCUGAGAUCUAGACGCACAUUUCACGUACAUCGUCUCGCCAUUUUUUUCAAGAAGGGUUACUCUGGGAAAUUGACGAUAGUUCAGUCAAAACAGAGUACCAUCCCUUUACAAGGGAAGUAACUGUGUUCAGAAAUGCACAAGCUAUCGUAACUAAGCGAUUUCUUUACGAAAAAAAGCGCUGUAAACGCCAAAAAAAAAAAAAAAAGUAAAAACGCGGCGGUUAUUUUCGCCCGCCGUGCCGACUGAGAGUCUGCGCGCGGGCGUACAAAAAUAUCCACCGUGUCGGAUAUCGGUCUUUGUCACUUAAAACUCUACAUUGCGAAAUGAUAACACAUUAUAAUACAAGCUCCUGAACGAGCCUCAUCAAUAGCGUUACUUAAAGCUUCACAGCUAUGUUCCGACUAGAUUAAAAGCACUAACAAAAUUUACAAACAAUAUAAAAGAAAGGAAGAAUAAUCAAAAAACAAAAAAGUUAGCAUAAUUCAUUUUUGAGUCCUCUACCGUCAGGAUCUCCUACAAAGAAAACCGAUACACUGACUUUUCCCAGUUGACUCAUCCCUAAUCCUUUUAUAGUUUUUCUUUCCUUCUUUACUUUUUUUCUUUCCUUCCUUUUUUCUUUCUUUUUCUCAGUUUUCAUCUUUGUUUGUUGAAAGUAUUUUGUUCACACAUAAAUAAAAACAAAAACAAAUAAACACGGAUAGGAAUACAAACAAUACAGUCAAAAAUUUGAGAGGAUCUGUGUCUUAGUUUACUGGCUCUUACAUGGAAAGUGAAAUAUAAAAAAUCAAUUCACUCAUAACUGUAAUACUGAUUUAUCAGUGUUCGUAUCGAAGAACAAACGUAAGAGCUAUCGCCUGAAACUGAAAGCAGUAAUGGAACUUCCAUCUUUCAUCAUUGAACUGAGUAAUCGGUAACCGAUUUUAACAUGGCGCUUGAACACAGAAUCUUUGCCUACUUUCAAAUACUGUAUAACGAAAUACCCGACUGUUUCAACCUUAAAAGGGAAGUAAUCUAUAGUGGAACAACUCUUAAAGGUUUCAGUAGUUGUCUCCCUUAUGUAUUCAUUCGCACAAAGAAGUGUUUAAGGAUGCUACCCCUCGGUAGGCCCAGACGGCACUGCGUGGGGUUCAGUGAGAUCUGACCUCGUCGCAAAGAGUUUUUGUCUAAUCUAUAAGCAUUUAUUUCAUUUCCAGUUCCAUCAAUCAGGAAGAAGUUAGCUUGAGGAUUUCCUCUGUUAUGGGUUAGGGUUAGGGUUAGGGUUUAGCACUUUUGUAUGAUGAUGAUGAUGUCGAUUUGUAAUGCGCAGGUAUCCAUUCCGAAGAAUGCUCAUUGCUCAG